AUGCAGCAACCAAGUGACCGUCGGUGGUCAGAACUCAUUCCACCACAUACUGCGCUCACCUUCGCAGCUGUCUGGGACCCGGUAGACGGACUGAUCACUUUCUCCGGUGCACAACUUCUUGACUCUGAAGUCUGUGAUCGCAUCGCUGUUUAUCCGCAAAAUGGGAAGUCGCCCCGGGACGCGCUCGACACCCAGUCUCAAGCCCUCACCAUCGACAUGUUCACACAGGCGUUGUCAGGACGCGCAGCGCACUAUGUUGUGCCCUGCGCGGACAAGUCGGAGGAGCGGAUAGUCCCGUCUUCGUGGGCUUGCGAAGCGCAGACGGAUACCGAUACGAUCAUGGGGUCGCAGUUUCUACCUGUCUGGUUAAUUCCUCCGCCCGGUAUGAAUACGGGUCUGCACAGUCCUGCCUGCGCGUCUUCGGCUGCUGUCACUGCCCUUUUCCACGAUCCUGAGUUGAGGAAUGUCAACCACUGGGCUCCUCCCAAAUACCGUCUCGCUGACUUCGGACGAUCUCAUAUGGACGAUGAGUCCAUCUCAGACGAGGGUUUCUUCGAAGGGAGACAGCUGCCUAGCGGAAGUUUUGCAAGCCUCCCGGUGUUCGUAGAUGUCAAUAUGAGCUCCGCGUUCUCUGUGACAACUACAUCGACCAACAAUUAUGUCGAGGUCGAUUUCCCGUCGGUACUGGAAGCGAAGGAAGACAGCGAGUUCCUCACGGACGGCGCUUCGUCCUGGGAAACUCUUGUCGGCGUUGAUCGAACACUUUGUCUGAAUGUUAGGCCUGUGGCGGAUCGGGGACGGCGGCUGAGGAAAGUCCGCGUUGAUUCCAAGCCUACGACUGGACCGCCGGCGAGUCCAGCGGAGGUUCUCUCUCGAGCACAGUACAACCACGUUCGUCCAUCUAAGACACCGUCAUCCUCAAUUACCCGAAAGCCCUCUAUUGCGCGAGCGAAGGCUUUAUUGGAUCGGCUGGGCAAGUGUGUCAAGCACGACGACGAUGGGUGGGUGUGCAUUGAGGUGACACAGAAGGUGACACAGAAAGUAACGCACAACAUUGUGUAA